UAUAGCGAGUGUGGUUCUAAAUCAACGGCCAUAGUAACCUCAGUAAACUGAGCGCCCUGUCAGCUGCUCAGUACACUUAUUAUACACAAACUCGUCGUUUAAUUCUUGUUUUUUUUUUUCGCCUUCAAAUUGGUGGAAAUGUUCAACAGUCUUCUCAGGGACUUUGACGAGGACCCGUUCUUCUCGGAUCCUUUCCGGGCUCACAAUGAGCAUAUGCGCCACAUGAUGCGGAGUUUCUCAGAGCCGUUUGGUGGGCACUUCAUGCCCAGUAUAACGGAUGGGAGAGACCGUGGGCGCAGGAUGCCAGGACAGCCCGGCACAGCCCUGGCACUGAGAGAUGAGCACAGGGGAAUGAGCCAGUCUUUGUCACCUUUUGGCAGUGGUGACAUGACGAACAUGGACGUGAGGAACCCCUUCAGCAUGUUCGACAGCAUGGCGAUGAACAUGAGGAGCAGAAUGGAGGACAUGCACAAAAACUUUGAGAACAUGGCUCCAGGUUCAAACACCCACUCAUUCAGCUCCUCGUCAGUUAUGACCUACUCCAAGGUCGGAAAUGAGCCUCCCAAGGUGUUCCAGGCGUCCUCACAGACACGCCGUGCCCCUGGAGGGAUCAAAGAGACUCGACGGGCACUGAGGGACUCUGAGAGCGGCCUGGAGAAGAUGUCCAUUGGUCACCACAUCCAGGACAGAGGACAUGUUGUGGAGAAGAAACAAAACAAGAAGACAGGAGAGAGAGAGUUCAUCCAAGACUUCCAAAAUAUGGAUGAAUCUGAAGCACAGUCUUUUGACGAAGAGUGGCAGCGUGAGGUAUCCAAGUUUCAGCCAUCUGCCCCCAUGUCUCGCCUGGAGGCGCCCAAACCCCGCGCUGCACACCGAGCAGCCCUCACCGGCCCUGAGCAGGCUCACAGGGAAAAAACAAAACCAAAGCCGAAGCCUGAGGGGAAAAAGCAGGCUCACUUCAACGACCUCGACGUGAAAGGCUCAGGCAUGACAAAGCAUUGAAAACAUCUGUCUGCCUCUGUGCUAAUAAAACUCUUUCAGGCAGUGUACACUCUGGUGCUUCAAAUAUACUCUGUACACGAGUCUCCUCAGCCAGCUACACAGUCACCGAAGGCAGCAGCCCUGCUUCUGAAACGCUGAGCUGUAUCAGUACCAACAGUAGCUUACAGAACAACAUGUAGACAGGCACACACAGUCCUUACUUUCUCACACCUCACACACCUGAGCCAGGAAACUAAAAAGGUCAGUAGAACUUCUGUGGAUGUAGUGAUAAUGAAACACAUACACAUAAGCGUUAAGGCUGUUCACAUCUAGAAUGUUAACUAUAAACUGUAACAACACAUUUUUUUCCCAACAUAGAAUAUCAACAAUAUUAACAUAGUCCUCUUAUUGUAGUUACGUUUAUGUUACUGUUCUAGAUGUGUAUGUGUCUUCAAAGAAAUAAGCUUACAUAUAACUAUGGAUUAUAGAUAUUGUUUUAAUAUAAUCAUAUGGUAGCAGAGUGCUGUACUUCAGCAGCAUAUCAUACAGGCUUUUGCUUCACAUUAAUAGCUUACCCCUAGAGUCCUAAUUAGUCCUAAUGCUUGAAUCUGAUUCUCACAUGCCGUUCCCACACAUUAGCGAUUGCAUUAAGACACAAACUGUAGUGAUUCACUGAAUGACUUAUUUGAAGUACGCUAGUGCACUUACACCAUGUAUGAAUUGUCUGUUUGUAAUUAUACUGUGCAGAACCUGAUGUUCUGCACAUUUGUAUUUUAUCUGCUGUAAUCUUUGUAAAAAGAAAAUGAACGAUACCCUUCUCUUUUUAUAUUGUUCCUUACCUUACCUGAUGAAAUCAAUGCUGCAUAGCACAAACUCUGGAAAACAUCUGGAUUGCUCUCGAUGUCCGUUGCCUUCUCACUCUUGUAUAUUGUUUCAAGAUUUAAACUCAAGUUCUGUGUUAUUGCAUAUCUGAAAAUAAAAAUGUGAAAAUUUGAUAAAUCA